UGAAUAAUGAUUUACCAAUUUUAUAGAUAAAUUAGUGACUUAUAUAUAAUUUAAAUUAACAUAAAUAAUUAGUUAUAAUUAAUACGGGUAUCUGUUAAGUUUUAAGUAUUAUUGAGAAUGUAAGUAGGUUUCUAUAUUGUACUUAGUUUUAAUGAUUAUGGUUAGAAUUGUAUUAAUAAGUUUACUGCCGUGAAGGUUAAAAUUGGUAUUCAUAUGUUUUAUUUCGUAGGCCUAACUAGUUAAAAUUAAUUUUAAUAUCUUGCUUUGAGUACCUAUAUUGGUAUUCACUUUAAUUGUCACUCGAGCUUUGAGGGACAAAAAUGUUGCCUAUAUUUACGAUUUACUACAUAUUUACUGGCCUUAAGAUCAUAUCAGUAUUCAAUAUAAUUUAAAAUAUUGAUAAUAAAGAGAAAAAAACACUUAUAAAACUACCUAUUCUACUUUGUGAGGACAUGUCAGAACUUAAAUUUUCAACUCUUGAAACCAGUAUGUUUGUCAAAUAGUGUAAAACAGUUGGACUGUGUUUCUAUACAUUUAAAUUUUGUGAUUACUGGAGUAGGGUUUGUGUGUAAUAUUAUUAACUGAUUAUAGAUAAAUCUUCAAAAGACUAUCAAAUUUUUCACAUUAUUGAUAGUAAAAAUUUUGUACUUUUAGUACUUCAAAUUAGUUCCUGUAAUUAAAUUGUAUUAGUUAUAAAUAGAGAUAGGAUCUCGAUGUUAAUAAUAUAUAAUAUGAAUUGUAAAAUUAAUAGACAAUGGCUAGUAAACAUUAAAAUCUUAAGUUUAAUUUACAGUAGAAUAAUUUCUGCAAAGAACAAAAAUUUUGUUAUUUUGCAUACCUACUUUCCGUUACACUGUACAAUUAAAAUGGGUUUGAUAUUUUCAAAUAGAAGAUCUGUCUGUUAAUAUUUUUUUAUAUAGUUAACUGCUGUAUAACAAGAAUAGUUCUGUAUCUGUAUCGGUACGUUAUAAUUUUAGUUAUAAUAAACCCCCCUCCCCCAAUAAUAAUAAAUUGUUAUUAAUAUUCAAAUUUUCUUUAAAAACUAAAAUUUAAGAAAAAUAUGCUCCCAUAUAAUACAAAAACUACAAAAAAUAUACUAUUUUAUGAAAAAUUACCUAAAUACCUAAAAACUAAAAAAAAUGAAUUUAUAGCUAAAAAUGCAAAAUAAAAUUAGUUUAUUCUGAAUCAAGGGAGCAUAAAAUUAAUUUUUUAGCUAAGAUGGCAUUUUAUAGGAUAAUGUGGGAAAACAAAUGCAAAACUCAUCAACAUCCUAUCUUUAGUUAUAAAAUAUGUAUAUUAUUUAACUAUUAAUUUUAAAUUUUGUUUAUAACCUUUAGAAGUGAAAACUAAUAGUACCUAAAGUUAUUUUUAGAGAAUAAUUAAGAACUUAUUUUUAGUUGUUUUAUCAAUAUGGAUUCUGUAAGAGUAGCAAUUCGUGUUCGUCCUCUUGUAAAAUCUGAAUUGGAUCGUGGAUGUUCAAAUUGUGUGUUGGCUGAUCCUAUUAAUCAUCAGAUAAUUGUGAACAAUAAUACUAACUUAACAUUUACAUUUAAUUAUGUAUUUACUCCUGAACAUUCUCAAAAUCAAGUAUAUGAAUUAGCAGUUGAAGAUUUAGUUAAAAAAUUAUUUAGUGGUAUGUAUACUUUUUGUUUACAUAAAUUAUAUUUAACAAUAAUAUAUAUUUUAAAUAUUUAAUACUGAUAAAUUUAAUUUCCAAUUGUACUUUAGGAUACAAUGUAACCAUAUUAGCAUAUGGACAAACUGGAUCAGGUAAAACACAUUCAAUGGGUACAAAUUUUGUUGAUAAUGAUACAGUAGAAGAAAAAGGUAUUACUCCACGAGCUAUUCAACAUAUUUUUAACGAAGUUCAACAAAAGACAGACCAGGCUAAAUUUUCCAUUAAAGCAUCAUUUAUUGAAGUAUUUAUUUUUUUAUUAUAAUUACUUAUAGUUAGAAGUUUUUAAAUUUUGUUAAGACAUAAUUUAUACAUAUGUAAACUAAAUUUUAUAUUCAAAAUAAUUGUCAUUAUAUUUUUAUUUAGUUUAUGAAUACAUUUACAGCUUUAUCAAGAACAAGUAUAUGACCUUUUAUCCCCUAAUAAAGCUAUUCUUGAAAUUAGAGAAGAUGGUCAUGGAAUUUGUAUUCCAGGUUUAACUGAAAUAAGUGUAAAUGAUUUUUCCUCGACUCUUCAAUGUUUAGUUCAGGUAAUAUUUACUAUUUAUUUUUAAUAUUAACAAUUUCAGUACUUAAUUAUGCAUUAAAUAUUAAUUAAUGUUUGUAGGGUUCUAGUGGCAGAGCAACUGGAGCUACUGCUAUGAAUGCUCAGUCUUCACGUAGUCAUUGUAUUUUUACAUUGACUGUAAACCAAAUUCAAGAAGAUGGGUAAAUUUUUUUUUUUAAUGAAAUUAUUAACCAUGUUCUCAAAUGAUUAUCUUUUUUAGAAAUAAUACUACAGCUAAAUUUCAUCUAGUAGAUUUGGCUGGAUCUGAAAGAAGUAAAAAAACAAAAGCAACUGGUGAAAGAUUUAAAGAAGGUGUUAAUAUUAAUAAAGGACUAUUAUCAUUGGGAAAUGUUAUUACUUCUUUAUGUGAGAAAUCAGCACAUGUUUCAUAUAGAGAUAGCAAACUUACUCGUUUAUUGCAAGGUAUAUUAAUCAAGAAUUAAAAAAAAAACUUAAUUAUUUUGCACAAAUCUACCUUUUACUGUACAAUAUUUUUUCUAAAAUUAUUUUUUGUAUACAUAUAUAAUUAAUAAUUUUUUUAAUGUGAUAAUUUAAUACUAAUUAAAAAAUACAAAAUUAAAAUUAAACAUCAUUUUUACAGAUUCUUUGGGAGGAAAUUCUGUUACUUUAAUGAUAGCCUGUAUUAGUCCAGCAGACUAUAACAUGGAUGAAACUGUAAGUACUUUAAGGUAUGCUAAUAGAGCAUUACAAAUUAAAAAUAAACCAGUUGUCAAUAAGGAUCCAAUUACUGCUCAAAUAUCUACACUUUCUAAAGAAGUAAUAAAAUUUAAAUUUUACUAACUGCAAACUGUUGUUUAAUAUUUUAUAUUUGAAUAAAAUAUUUUAGAACCAUGAAUUAAAAUUGAAGAUAGUAGCAAUGGAAUCAAAUGGUGUGGUUAGUUGUCCACCAGAACAUAAUAAUUUGCAAAAAACAAACAAAGAGUUGCAAGAAAAAUUGCGAGCUAUGAGUCAAGUAUUAAGUGAAUAUAUGACUCAAAGUGCAUCACUUAAUAUGAAAGCAUUAGUGGUAAAUACUUGUCAGUUUAUUUUUUUGUUUUUUGUUUACUAUGUUAAGUGGGCUUACAGUUAAAAAAAAUCAACCAUAAAAAUAUCAUUUCGUAGUUCCAAAAAUACUUGAGCCUCAUUGAUCAUAGAAACACGAGAAGAAAAUUUGUAUUUUAUUGUUAGCUGAUUUUUUAUUUUUAUGAUUGUUUGAAAAAGUUCAAAUUUCAAAUAUAAAUAUAAUUGAUUUAAAAAAAAAAAUCACAAGUUAACACAACAAAGCAUAAUUAUUGUUCUCGUGUUUAUUUUGGUACCAAAAUCAUAUUUCUAUGAUCAACAAGACCUGAGUACUUAAGCAAGAACAAAACAAUGUUUUUUGGUAUAUUCGACGAAUUUACAGCCGCCGUGUACUGCUGUAGAGACUACAGCAGCAGUAUUCUAAAACCGGACACUCAUUCCACCCCGCACACAUAAUUAUAAACAGUACCAUUCUGGAAACAUGUUAUCUUACUGCCAGCGUGCACAGUUGAUUACCAAACAAAAAUUAUAAAAUUACGUAACAUUUACAAUAUAGCCGAUAAAUAUUAUUUUAUAUGUUCGGAUUAUAUUAAUUCAUAAUAAUUGUUUCGUAUUUUACAUUAUGAAACUACAUAUUGUAAAGUUGUCAAAAAUCAGUUUGAACACAUACAAUUUAAACAAAUUUUUUUUGAAACUGAAACUCAUCUUUAUUAGUUGUUUAAUUUACGAAAUGAACAUUUUUUUAAUUUAAGUCAGUAUGAGACUUUUAAACAAGUAGUUAGUUUGUGAUUAUGUGCACCCAUUACGGUGAUGGUGCAAUGAUGACUCCACUAUAAUACAUUUUAAUUACGUUGAAGAAAUGUCAACAGCACGACAUUCUUAUACCAAUGAAAUGCGCCCUCUCGCCAAAACCGAAACUCCGUAAACUAGUCAUUGUGACUGAGAUAGUGGUUGUUAGUAUAACCUGCCGCGACAGCGGUGAUAUGGCACACAAUGCUAUCUCUCUAGUUUUGAAUACAUUUUAAUCUUACUGUGACGCCCUCUUAACUGCUUCUUUUUACCAAAAAUCUUGUUCCAAUCAUUUUAUGGGUGGCCUGUGGUAGUAAAAUUUGUCUUGUUGAUGCAUUGGUAAUGCCAUUUUUCAUUUUGCUUGUAGUUUUGGGAAAAAAUGGAAUAUUUAUGUAAUAUUUAAUGAUUUUUUACUGAAUACUUAUAUUAAAACUUUCUAUACAUGGGAAAUUUUCAAAAUCUAUCAAUUAUUUAGCCAUUAUGAUCUUUUAAAAUUGUCAAGAUUUUUAUUUGGUUGUAUAUUAAUAAAAUUGUCUUAUAAAUGAUUGAAAAUUUGAUACAAGUUUCAUCAUAUUUUGUUUUUCUUAUGACACUAAUUCUAUACAAAUAAUCCAAAUUUGUAAUUAUAAUUAUUUCGUUAUGUAAGAUACAACUUAUACAAUUUUCAAUGUUUACAUGUUUUACUGAACUUAUUAAAGUUCAGUUUUAGUAAUAAUUUUGUGUAGACAUAUAAAUUACAUUUCCCAUUAUAUUAUAUUACCUUCUAUAAUGGAACACACAUGGUAAAAAGUAAAUCAGCUUUUUUUUUUUAAAUGUAAUUUUGUGAAAUUGUAGGCUGAGACUGGGCGUGAUACUAUGAAAAAAAAUCUCGAAGAAUUAAAAUUAGAUUUUGAAAAUGCAUUAAAAUGUGUUAAAGGCAAUUCAGAAGAAAUACAUUCAGAGGAAUUAGAAAAUAUCAAACAAAAGAUAAGCUCAAUUAUGGUAAGCUAAACCAGAAUUUAAACUUUAAUUUAUUUUGAUGUCUAAUUUAAUUUUUAGUAAUAUUUAUAAAUUUUGUAUUUAUUGAUAGAACGAACAUAACCGUACAGAAGUAGAAAUAACUGGUGAUGACUAUGUAACUGCUUCUGAAGACAUGGAUGAUGCAUCUGAGACUGAUGGUGAAACUGAUCCUACUAAAGAGCAAAUGGUUAUGGAAUCCAUACAAUUAAAUAGAGAACUAAAUAAGUUAAAUAAGGAACUAGCUAUGAAGGAGCAUUUAGCUGCUAAAUUAAUAGAAUCUGUAUCACAUAUUGGUGAAUACUGCCCAGAAGAAAACACCGAAGAAUUGAAAAAUAAACUUGAACAAUUAAAACAAGAACGUGAUCAAUUAGAAGAAGCUCUUCGAGCAGCUCAAUCAAAUACCAAUAAUUCUAAGUACAUUUUAUUUAAUUUUUUUUAUUUUAAUAAAAUAUUUUAACCUAUCAAUGAUUUUUUUAGAUUAUCAGAACAAAGGCGUAAGAAGUUGCAAGAACUUGAGCAAAAGAUUACUAAUUUAACUAAAAAAUGUUUAGAACAGGACAGAAUUAUCAAAAUGAAAGCUAAAAAUGAUAAAAAAGUAGAAAACUUAAAUAAUGAAAUUAAGGUGAGUUAAGAAUAAAAGAUACUCAAUAUAUAUAUUUAUAAUAAACAUCUAAUCUGUGUUGUAAAUUAGUUAAAACAUGAUUAUUUCUAAUAUUUUUGUAACAUUUUAUGAUUUGUUUUUUUAAGAGUAUUAAAGUUAUGAAGGUAAAAUUGGUUCAGCAAAUGCGAAGUGAAAAUGAAAAGUUUAGACAGUUUAAGUUAGAACGAGAUCGUGAGCUUUGUCGACUUAAAGAAAAUGAACGUAAACAAAAAAAUCAAAUGAUCCGAAUGGAAAGAUUACAUGAUAGACAACAAGCUGCUCUCAAACGUAAAUUAGAGGAUGCUGCAAAUGUCAAUAAAAGACUUAAAGUAAUAUAAUUAAUGCCUUAACUACUUGUUUUAUUUAUUUAUAUUAAUAACGUUUAGGAUGCACUUGCUGUCCGAAAAGCUAUUGAAGUUAAACGCGAUGAGGCAUUUAUGCCUAAAGCUCAACGUAUUCAAAAGUGGGUAAAUGAAGAGUUAGAUGUGUUAUUGAGUACAGUUGAUGCUGAAAAAACAUUGGAACAGUUAGAAAUGGAUCGAGAAACUAUAUAUAAAAUGAUGCAAAGAUGUGAAGUAAUUAAAACUUCAUUCAAAAAAUGUAUUAAUGUUUUAAAUGGCAAUUCAUUAUUUAAGGAACAACUAGAAACAACAGCACUCACUGAUGAAUUUAAAUAUGGGUUGAAAAUGGAUAAACAAGAAAUGGCUGCAGAAUUACAAUUAAGAUCAGCCCAGAUAAUGGACCUUAGGCAAAAAAUAUUUGAUAGUAAUGAAGGUAAUUAAUUGUAAUAUCAAUAUAAUAUUGGUUGAAAUGACUUGAAAAUAAUCAUUUCCAGUUUUGAAAACUCAAAAUAUCAAUUAAAUUAAAUAAAUAUAGAAAUAUAUAUUUAUUUACUUAUCUGCAUACUACUUCUAUUACAUUAUAGUAUUUUCAAACCCCCAAUCAAUUAAAUAAGAUUGGGGCUUCUGAAAUUUACCCAAUUAAAAAAAUUCUUAGAUUUUUUUUAAUCAUUUUGUUAUGGAAAAUACACAAUACUAUUAGUAUUAUAAAUAAUGAUGACAAUAACUAACAAUUUAUCUAAUAUUUAAUUUCUAAAAAUAAAAAUGUCCAUCACCUAGCUUUUGUUUAAAAUUUAUACAAUACAGGCCAUAAUCAUUUUAUUUGUUUAAUUAAUAAAAUAGUUUGUUAAUGUUACAGAACUAAUGAAAAAAAAUCGUUUUGAUCAUUUAUCAACAAUUGCUGAUACCAAAACUGCUUUAAAACAUGUUUUUCAUGUUGCUGCUGAUAAUCGAAGAGCCAUGUUAGAGCUAACAAAUCAAAUAGAAGAACUACAAGUAAGAAAUAUUUAUAAUGAUAAGAGAAAUUGUUUUAUAAUAAUUUUUAUAAAUAAAAAAUAGGAAAUUAUAUUUUUAUUAAUUAGUAUAAUAUUGUAAUUCUUGCGUAGAUCUUAAAUGUUAUUGAUUUUAAUAAUAAAUUAAAUUAGCUAUUUAUUAAUAGCAAACCUAAAUUGUAUAUACUAUUUAAAAAGUAUUGUACAAACUAAAAAAAUGAACUCCAAAUGCAUCAACCAAAUCCAAAGUUCAACAAUUAUGUUCUGUGUUUUUUUGAUUGGAAAAUUUUUUGGCUACUGUUUUUGGUGGGAAGGUAAUUAUAAAUAUUUAAAACUGAAUUCCAUUAAAAAAAAAAAUACAACAUUUAAAAUAAUAAAACAAUCACAAAAUUUUCCCGUACUUUCUACGUAUUAUUUAUUAAUUUUACUCAAUUAUUAAAAAAACCACAAAUAAAACCAAAAGAUGACUUUAUUGGUUACCAACCAGAUUAAAAAUUCAACAAGCAAGAUCUUUUAUUGUUUUUUUAUAAUUGAGCAAUAUUUCUGGUAGAAAACAAAAAUCGGAAAAUUUAAUGAAAUUGUAACACCAUAAUCUGCCGUUUUUCAAUUUAAAUUUUUUUCGUGGUUAAGGCCGUAAUAUUUUUAUGAUUUGAGAAUAAUACAUUUCGUUUUUUAUAAUUUAAGUGUUAGACUGUAUAGACUGUAUGGGGCAGUUAUCUUAUUAAAAAAAAAAUUUUAAUUUAGUAUUGUAUACAUAUUAUAAUAUUAAUUAAAAAAUUAUUUUGAAUAAUUUUAAUUUUAGGUAGCUUUACUUGAGGCAAAGGAUACUAUUGCAAUGGAAGAACAAAAAUCAUUAGACAUUAUGAAUAAAGAUCAAAAACAAAUGGAACAACUUCAAAAAGAAUAUGAAGAUAAUGUAAUUAAUGUUAUCUACUUUAAAAAUAUACUAUCAUUACUUUUUUAUUAAAACACGUAUUUUAGAUUUUAGUUUUGCUAAGACAAUUAAAUGAAAAAGAAAAUGAAUCCAAUGGAGACAAUGAUAAUGAAUUUACUGAACGUAUGAGGAUCUAUGAUGAUCAACUUAGUAAAUUUGAACAGCUUAGAGAUCAAUUAGCUCAAAAAGAAAAAGUAAUUUCAGAUCUUAGAAUACUCGUAAACAACAGUAGUAAACAUCAUUCCAAAUCAAAUACAGUUACUUCCCCUAUAACUCCAGUAAGUAAAACAUUUUUUUUUUUUUUUUUAGCUGUAACUUAUUAGUAUUUGCUGUUUUAGAAAUUCUUGGCUGAUGAUACUAAAGAAAAUGAUGUAGACAUUACCCCUUUACGUAGACGUUUAGAGAAACUAAAAAGAGAAGUAAGUUAAUUUGAUUUAUUUUUCAAUUAAUAUUAAUCUAAACCAAUUUUAUAAUGUUUAGAGCAGAAUAUUUGAACCUUCGGAAGAACGUGCAAAUCGUUUAAACUUAAAAAGGAACGCUGAUGGAAAAUCUAUGUGUCUCUGUAUUAAAAAUUGUUUAAAAAAUAUUUGUAUGUGUCAUAAAAAAAAUAUGCAGUGUUCCAAAUAUUGUAAGUGCUCAGAAGCAGUAUGCACAAACAGAUAUUUAUCGGUAAGUUUCUUUUGGUUUGUAAUUAAAAUUUAAUAAUUACUUGUUAGUAAUUCUAAUAGUUUUAAAGUAGUAUAUUAUAUUAAUAAAUAAUUUGUUACUUAGUGGUUUCUUUAUAUAUUUUAUAAUUCUGAUAUUUAAAAAUGCCUAGCAAUUUCAAAAUAGAACAUGCCAUGAGAGAGUUAAAAACAUUGAAAAAAAAAAAAAAACAUUCAGUAUAUAAAUACAAGUAUUCAGUGUUUCAUAAACUUAUGUAGUCAUUUCUGAACAUAAAUUGAAAUACAGAUCAUAUUGAGAAUACAAUAUUAUAAACUACCUAUAUCACUAAAUCAAAAAAAAAUGUUAAAAAAUAUAGCAAUAUUUUUGUUUCUAGGGACAUGAACUUAUCAUAGAAGAAGAAUCUUCUGAAGAUGUUUUAAACCAAACAUUUAAAAAACCAAAGUUUGUAUAAAUUCUAAAUUGUUUUAAAUAAAAUGUCUGUAUAAAUAGCUAUAUUUAUGUAUAUUUUUAGAACUGAAUUACCAACAACUAUUAUAGAAGACAUUUCCAAUGAAACAUAUAUUAAAACGGAUUAACUUAAAUUUUUAAUAUGUAUGUAAUGCAUAUAUUUUU